GGCUGGGUUCAGGGUGAGCGGGUUCUGUCACCCGGGGCAACAGCAACAACAAGCCAGCUCCUGCUUGGCUCCGGGAUGGGGUGGAACCAUGGCCAGUGGCACCCGGGCUCCGUGCUGUGGCCCCCCGUGGCCUCCCAUCUCUGCCACCGAGGUGCCUGGAUCCGGGCCCAACUGGAAUCUCACCAGCAGCUGGGUUGCCCACCGCAUCAUCCCACCCGCGCCCUUCCCCCCGCCGACGGUGCAGUCCACGGUCGCGGACCCUCUACCCCCGGCUGCAAAGCAGGAUUCGCGCAUCUGGGCUUUUGACGAGGUCCUCAGCAGAUGGGAGACAACCUCUGGCUCGGCCUACGUGCCCAAGACCCAUGGCGGGCCCUGCGCCCAACCCAGAGCCCCAGAGCCUGCAGACCCCACGCGGACUGUGGGGAUCAAGGAUUUAGGAGAAAAGCUCAGACACCGCGGCUGGCGCCUCCCACUGACCACAAAGUACCAGAGCAGCGAGACGAAGGCGCAGUACACGGGCUAUCCCGGCCGGGACCCACGCGCCCCGGAAUACGUCGGGCUCCAGCCCCCGCAGCUCGCAGACCAUCACCGAGGGGGGCCUUCCCAGGCUCUAAUUCCCUGGACGAAGAACCCUGAGCUGUCUGGCUGGCCUUUCAUUGUAUCCGACCGGGGCGUCCUGGCCCGCCGGCAGCUCUAUCUGACCACCUCGGCGCGGGACUUUCGGUUUUAUCCCAAGAAGGAGCUGUCGGGAUACCCCCGCAAAGACUCCCUGACCUACUGGAGCUUCGAAGAGAUGCCCCAGGUCUCGGGGCACGGACCGCAGCAGCCACCCCGACCGCCACGGGUCCGCGUGCCCCGCGCCCGCCCGGUGACUCUGGCCGUGCCGCACCGCGGGGCCUUGUCUCUGGCUCAGGAGUCCUACAGUCUCCCGCUGCACCCGCUCCGCCCGCUCGACCGCUUCUGCCUGCUGGAGGCGCCCUGGAGCGGCCCCCACUGGAAACCCCUGCCGGGCAUCCACAGCGUGCCGAAAGCCUACAGCGCCGAGAACUCCAGCUACGGCAGCUUAAAGCCGGCGCUGGUGUGAGCUGGCCCGGCAA